AUGCCUUCCAGCUUCGGCUGGCGCGCUCUAGCGCUGUCUCUGGCCGCACUCACUCCCCUCGUGCGUGCCGAUAUUUGCUCCACCCUCGCGGCUGCCGGAAUCGACAUUGAAUACCCAUUAUCGCUGGACUACUCGACCGAUCUGACGAAUUAUUGGUCCGCCGCCUGCGGUGACCUCAAGCCAACAUGCAUCGCCGCGCCAUCCAGUGCGGCUGAGAUGGCGCAAGUGAUCAAAGAACUACACGAUGUUGAUACAUUGUUCGCUGUGAAGUCUGGUGGUCAUAUGCCAAACAAUGGCUUCGCUAGUAUUCAAGAUGGUCUGCUAGUCUCGACCAAGAACUUGGAUCAAGUGUUUUAUAACUCGGAUGAUGAGACGGCUGUCAUUGGACCCGGUCUAUCUUGGGAAGAGGCGCAGAAGGGACUGGAGGGAACUGGUCGGGCUGUGGUGGGAGGUCGACUUGGAGGUGUGGGUAUUGGAGGAUAUAUGCUUGGAUGUGGAAUGAGUUUCCUCAGCACUCAAUAUGGCUGGGCAGCCAACAACGUCGUCAACUUUGAGGUUGUACUGGCCAAUGGUACGGUGGUUAAUGCCAAUGCGAAGGAGAACACCGACCUUUUUGCUUCCCUCAAGGGAGGUGGCAACAACUUUGGUGUCGUCACCGCAUACACCAUGCAGACGCACCCAAUUGGCAAAGUCUGGGGUGGCAACUAUAUCUUCACUGCGGAUAAGACGCCCCAAGUGCUGACGGCCCUGCGCAACUUCGCCGACAACUACCCUGACGAUAAGGCCGCAAUCAUUCUGACCUCGGAGCACGGUUUGGUGAUUGACUUCUGGAUCAUGUUCCUCUUCUACGAUGGCCCCGAGCCUCCUGCGGGCGUGUUCGACGAGUUCACAGCGAUUGGCCACACGUCUACCACCAAGACAUGGGAUACCUACUAUGAUCUGCUCAAGAAUAACGAUUUCUUCAUUUUGCACGGACAACGUUACACCAUUGCCACGGAGACAACACCUGUGCCCAACAGUACCGUCGGCACUGCUCCUCUCCAGGAGUACUAUGACCACUGGUUCAACGUGACCGACACCGUUCUGGGAGUGACUGGUGCUCUCGGAUCUAUCGCUUUCCAGCCUGUCCCCAAAACAUUCUCCGAGAAAGCCAAGGCCCGUGGUGGAGAUCUUCUCAAUGUCCCAACCGACACCAACUAUAUUUUCAUCGAACUUGACUUCUCCUAUUCACUUGCUUUGGACGACGACAAAAUUGAUCAGGCCAACCAGAACCUCUACCACGGCAUGGGUAACCUGGUGCAGAAGAACAUUGAUAAGGGUUUGCUUCCUGAUGUGUACCGGCCACUUUUCAUGAAUGAUCUCUACUUCCGCCAGGACUACUGGGGUCGCAUUGAUCCUGCGUCGAAGAAGUCGGCGCUCGAGACGAGACUUCGCUAUGAUCCGGAUGGCUUCUUCCAGAAGCGGACUAGCGGUGGCUGGAGACUGAAUUAG